AGUGUUCUUACGUGCCGAGCGCAAAUCUACAUGUACCUGGGUACCCAGGCUAUCAAUAAAUACCCCUGAUUGGCCAGUCAGAAAAAUGGCAAUGCUGAUUGGUUCCCAACUACCCCUAUUCAUGGGUCAACAAUCGUAACAUCGUGGCAGUGUUAGCAGAACUUCAGGGGAUGGAUCUGUAAGAUCCACGGUAAUAGCCUUCCGUUAGAUCUAGAUGCAAAACGCCUUCAAUCCUCUUUAAUAGACCCGUUCCCAUGGUAGUCUACCUUUUCUAGAUCUCUUAGCUCUUCUAGCUCUUCUAGUCUUUUCUUACUUUGAUCGAUCACUAACUAUUCUUUUGUUCUAUGUUGAUAUAUUUAAAAUAAACAGUGGCUCCCCUAGCCGACUCGCGGUCUCUCUUUUCUUGACGUACCACGUUAUCCGUCAUCCGUCUCUCGUUUUCAGUAAUAGGUCCCUAUACACAGUACCCAGCAUUAUAUUACCAGAUACAUCUUCAGAAACGUGUUCUGACAUACAAUUGAAACUCCACCAUGAGGAUCUCUACAAUAUUCGGGUUCGGUUUGCUUGCACCAGUCGCGCUCGGCUUGGGCGAGUUUGCUGCAUCGCCACCCGUCUAUAUCCUAGAAACCACCCAAAGCGCCACAACCACUCUCAGCAAAGCGCUGGAUACUCUAGGGUACCGUCAUCUGAGCCAUGCAUCCAACCUGGGCAACCAAACGGCGUUGUAUAAGACAUAUGUGCAGAUAUCCUCACAUGCCCAGCUGGCAGAAAUCAUCAGAUCCCAACCAGAGGCCAAGUUCAUCUUGCCCCGACGGACACCUACGCUCAAGGGGAGAGCAUCUUGGUUGUGGAGACAGGAUGAUGAAGACGGCCAGCACUCGCAAUUACAAUCUGAAGAGGACUAUAUUCAGUCUACUCGCACACUCUUUUCGGGAGAGGAACGCUCACAAGGGCUGCUCGAGUUAGAGGUGCUCGGCCAGCGAACGGCUGCCCAGGCAGAAAACUGGGUGCUUUUGUGCGAUUUCUUGGGCAUGGGUUACAGUGUGGUCGAGAGGCUGAAUCUGUGGCAUUUUCCGCAAUACUCGUGAAGGACUUGGUCUACAGCGUGUAUAGGCGUCUUGGGUCUAGAAUCUAAUCCAGAGCAAUCGAGGCGCCGGCGUGCUAAGAUAGACCCUAUGUAGGUAGAUAUAGAUAUAGAUGGAUGAUUUUAUCGUGGACUGAUAUGUUUAAUAUUGCUUGCUAUUAGCAUUAAUAUCGCAUUACAGCUUUAACCAGCAUAAUCACUACCUCUUUUUCUUCUUCUUUAUACCUGCCUUAAACUUUUUUUUAUAAAAAGUUAUGCUAAAUAUAGAUUAUUUUAUAGAUUAUUUUUUUUUGCAAAUUAUUUGUCUCGCGCGAGGUUGUUGCGGCGGAGCUCGCUACUAGGCAUCCGUAUUUGUUGCAUGGGAUCUUGGAGGUCGCGGCGCUGCAUUGUCGGUGUCGGUCGUCUGGUGUGCAGGGGCAAGGGGAUGAAGGGUUAGGGAUGGGAAUGGGGAUGGGGGUAGCGGUGCGCGAACGCAUCGCCGCGGAGCACCAGGGGAAAGCGAUACCGCUGUUCCGGGAGCCACCACCACAGCCACGGAGACGGAAGCGGCAGCGGCAGCGCUCCCGCUGUUCGCGUGCUCGUGUCUCUUCGUGCCGUACCAUUUUGCCGCCGCGAAGGAUGCGCUGUCGCUGCUC